CAUAACUUCUGUGUCUCUCGGGAUAUAGCUCAGUAUGAGACAGUUAGCAGUACCAAUCAAGUUAUUAAGUGACUCUAACCAGUGCCACUUUUCUCUGUUAUCUUUGAAAAAUCUUUGCUUUUUUAGCAUUUCAGAAGAUUGUAACAUCCUGCAGUUCUGUUUCUGAGAGGUUUACUGAUUUAUCUUCCUACUCAAACAAAACAAGUACUGAUUGCCACAUUUCUGAAGAAGAUCUCCGGAUCUGGACUACUGUGGAAGAAUUGUCAGUGAGGUCAUCCGUAACUUGAGAGAUGGUGAAUGAAUACCAGAAAAUUGUUCUUCUGAAAGGAUUAGAGCCCAUCAGUGCAUAUCAUUUUAGCAUGGUUAAAUCUCUACUGGUCCAUGAUUUACAACUGACUGCAAAACCUCAAGAUGAAUAUAGUAAAAUUGAGAUUGCUAAGUUAAUGGCAGAAAAGCAUCGAGGAGCCACCUGUGUUGACAAACUAAUAGAAUUGUACAAAGAUAUACCAGAACUUAAAAGCCUUGUUAAAAAUCUGAGAAGUGAAAAGUUAAAAGUCGCAGUGAAAAAGAGGAAAAAAGGAGCAACUCAAUUGAAAAAGAGAGAUCAAAGAGAAGCAGGUCCUGCUGCACCUGCACCCACCACAAGUAGUAAUGUGACAUCUGAAAGAGCAGAGAAGACUCCUGUGGCUCAGAGAAGAAGAAACACAACCAAAGAAAACACUGGAACUAAAAAGAAAAAGGUGACCCAGGAGCAGAUUCAGCCUGUCUGUCCUUCAGUAGCCAGCACAUCUGCGAUCAUGGGCAAUCCUCCACCUCCUCAGAUCUCAUCAUUCACUCCAUCCUCCACUUUCUUGGCUGAGAACCAGAUAAUGCAAGUCCAACACCAGAGAGCUGCCGGAAGAGGUUUUCUUCAAAAGGGCCCAAUGAUAGUGAUGGUACUGAAAGCAACAAAGCCAUUCGAAUAUGAGUCCCCAGAAACGGGGAAAAAGAAAAUGUUUCAUGCUACUGUGGCUACUACAAGUCAAUAUUUCCAAGUGAAGGUUUUAAACAUCAACCUCAAAGAGAAAUUUACGAAAAAGAAAAUCAUUACUAUAUCAGAUUACUUUGAAUGUAAAGGAAUCCUGGAGGUAAAUGAAGCAUCAUCUGUAUCCGAAGCUGGUAUUGAUCAAAAGAUUGAGGUCCCUACCAGAAUUAUCAAAAGUGCAAAUCAAACUCCCAAGAUUGAUAAUCUUCACAAACAAGCAUCGGGAACAUUUGUUUAUGGGUUGUUUGUGUUACAUCAGAAAAAAGUGAAUAACAAGAACACGAUCUAUGAAAUAGAGGAUAAAACAGGAAAGAUGGAUGUAGUGGGAAAUGGAAAAUGGCACAAUAUCAAGUGUGAGGAAGGAGAUAAACUUCGACUCUUCUGCUUUCAAUUGAGAACACUUGACAAGAGGCUGAAACUGACGUGUGGAAAUCACAGUUUCAUUCAGAAACCAAGAUUGAAGGCUGUACCUAAAGAAGCUUCCAGGGAAGAAGGUUUCCAGAGGGGCCCCAAAGAAGUGAUGGUACUGAAAGCAACAGAGCCAUUUGCAUAUGCUGUCAGCAAAGGGGAGAGAAAGAUGUUUCAUGCCACAGUAGCUACUGAGAGCCAAUUCUUCCAAGUGAAGGUUUUUGAUAUCAGCCUAAAGGAGAAGUUCAUUCCAAAGGAAGUCAUUGCCAUAUCGGAUUAUGUUGGAUGCAAUGGGUACCUGGAGGUGUACAAUGCCUUAUCUGUGUCUGAUGUUAAUGCUGACCAAAAGAUGGAGGUCUCAAAAAGUCUGAUUGCAAAUGCAAAUGCAACUCCUAAAAUCAGUCAUCUGUACUUGCAAGCUCCAGGAACAUUUGUGAAUGGGAUGUAUGAGGUGCAUAAGAAAACGGUUAGGAAUCAAUUCAUUUAUUAUGAAAUAAAAGAUAAUACAGGGAAGAUAGAAGUUAGGAUGUAUGGACGACUGACCCAAAUCAACUGUGAAGAAGGCGAUAAACUUAAACUAAUCUGCUUUGAAUUGGCAUUAAGUGAGAAUAAGUGGCAGCUGAGAUCUGUAAUUCACAGUUUCAUUAAGGUCAUCAAGGCCAGGAAAAGCAAGAUACCACCACUUAAUCCUGAUUCAUAUAUGAAAACCUCACUGGAAUUCCCCUUUGAACUUGUCAUUUCCGAGGACAAUGUGUCUCUAAAUGAGAUAGAGAUGCAAAGUGAAUUCAAGAAAAUCAUUCUGCUGAAAGGAUUAGAGCCCAUCAAUGAAUAUCAGUUUAGCAUGGUUAAGUUUUUAUUGGCUUCUGAUUUAAAACUGACUAGAAAAGCUCAAAACGAAUAUAAUAGAAUUCAGAUUGCUGAUUUGAUGACAGAAAAUUUUCCAAGGGCUACCUGUGUUGAUAAACUAAUAGAAUUGUACAAAGACAUAGCAGAACUUAAGCAGCUUGCUAAAACUCUUAAAAAUGAAAAGUUAAAAGUUAUAAGCAGAUGGAAAGCAAGAGGAACAACUCCAGUGAAAAAAAGCAAGCAGGAUAAAUCUACAUGCACCAUGAAUAAAGCUUUGGGACCUGAAUUGAUCACCUAUAUGCCUGUGAUGAAGAAAAAGAAAAACAAAAGCAUAAAAACUGAAGAAUCUAAGAUGCAGCUAACCCAGGAACAGAGUCAGCUUCCAGAACCUUCAGGAACCAGCACACUGUCAACUGAGAGCAAUCCCCAGACUCCUCGGGUGUCUCCACCAACCCCACCCAGCACUUCCUCAACCAAGAAAAGUAAUGGCAUGACCAUAAAAACUAAUAACUCCAAAAAGAUGCUAUCCCCAAAACAAAGUCAGCUUCGGGAAACUUCAGCAACAAGCUCAUGCCCAUCGGAGCUCCGUCCCCAGACUCCUCAGAUGCUUCUACCAGUCCCAUCCAGCAGUUCCUCAAACAAGAAAAGGAAAGACACCAUCACUAAAACUGAUGACUCCAAGAGAAUGAAACUAUUCUGGGAGCAGAGUCUGCUUCCAGAAGCUCCAACAACCAGCACAUGCCCAACUGAGGGCUGUCGCCAGAUGCCUCAGAUGCCACCACCAACCCCAUCCAGCAGUUCCUUAAUCAAGAAACCAAGAUUGAAGGCUGUACCUAAAGAAGCUUCCAGAGAAGAAGGUUUCCAGAGGGGCCCCAAAGAAGUGAUGGUACUGAAAGCAACAGAACCAUUUGCAUAUGCUGUCAGCAAAGGGGAGAGAAAAAUGUUUCACGCCACAGUAGCUGCUGACAACCAGUUCUUCCAAGUGAAGGUUUUUGAUGUCAACCUGAAGGAGAAGUUCAUUCCAAAGAAAGUCAUUGCUAUAUCAGACUAUAUUGGCCGCAAUGGGUUUCUGGAGGUGUACAAUGCCUCAUCUGUGUCUGAUGUUAAUGCUGACCGAAAGAUGGAGAUCUCAAAAAGCUUGAUUGCAAGUGCAAAUGCAACUCCUAAAAUCAAUCGUCUGUACUUGCAAGCUCCAGGAACAUUUGUGAAUGGGGUAUAUCAGGUGCAUAAGAAAACGGUUAGGAAUCAAUUCGUUUAUUAUGAAAUAAAAGAUAAUACAGGGAAGAUAGAAGUCAGGAUGUAUGGACGACUGGCCCAAAUCAACUGUGAGAAAGGCGAUAAACUUAAACUAACCUGCUUUGAAUUGGCAUUAAGUGAGAAGAAGUGGCAGCUGAGAUCUGUAAUUCACAGUUUCGUCAAGGUCAUCAAGGCCAGGAAAAGUAAGAAACGACCACGCAAUCCUUAUUCAUAUAUGAAAACCUCACUAGAGUUCUCCUAAAAACGUGGAUGCCAUUAAUAAUGAUGUUUAUGGAGUUAAGAUCUAAGCACAGAAAGAAAUAUAUAUGGUUGACAUACAGCAAUGUAUAUGCCAGCUAUUAAUUCUAUCAAUGGGGUGUUACAGGUGCUUUUUGUUUUCUUUUUUAUAUUUUUCUGUGCCAAUUCAACGCCAUAUUUUAUAUCUAUAUUAUUUAUAAUUCCCCCCAAAAUAAUAAA